UGUUUACAAUUCCAUUAUCACCUGGCGAGUUUCUGCAUUUGAAUGGGGGUAUUUUAACCCACAUCUGCGUUCAGGAACCGUUCUUGACUCCGCCGAACUCAACCGGACCACAGAACCGGUUCCUGAUGAUUGACUGAUGAGGUUUAGAAAAAGGGCGUUUUCUCUUGUGAUUCCGGCCGUGAACUGGCAUUGCUCGUCGCGACUGACUCAUCGUUGUCAGCUGGGAGGACCUGGGAGGCUGUGGCCGCCCGGGCACGAGAAACACAGAGGCCGGACACGCACGCUGUACCACCCCUUUCUCCAGGAUGGAGGAAAUUCUGCGGAAACUCCAGAAAGAAGCCUCGGGACACAAAUUCAAAGCAAUCCGGGACGCCUGUGCUUCUGCUUGCGAUAUUCUCCAGUCACAGAAUGAGACUGCAAAGCUCUCCCCCUCGCAUUUACGGGGGUGCUGUCUGCUGCCACUACAAAUGGCACUUGAAUCUAAAAACACCAAACUGGGUCAGACUGCCCUGAGUGGCAUGCAGAGGCUUUUGUGCGAAGACCAACUGGUUGAUGUUUGCAUGGAGAUGGAGGCCGUGGAGAACCAGUUACUCAGUCAGAUGUUGGAGGCAAUACGUGUCACACCCACUCUCCAUGAAGACCUGCAGGUAGAGGUGAUGAAGGUUCUGUUGUGCCUCACCUACUCGCCAAACUUUGACAUCAGCAGCGACUCCAUCCUUCGCAUUGCUGAGGUAUGCAUACAGACCUACGUGUCAAGUUGCCACCAGCGCAGUAUCAACACAGCGGUCAGAGCCACGCUGAGUCAGAUCCUCGGUGACCUCACACUGCAACUGAGACAUCGGCAGGAGGGAGCAGACGGCGAUGAAAUCACAGUGCCACUGCAGAGAAGAGAUAUUUCUCCCACCAGCCAGGCCCUCUGUGAGGAUGUGGUGACGGUUCUAACAGUUUUCUGUGAAAAACUGGAGUCAGUUGACAGUGAAAACCAGCUACUUCUGUUGCUGUACCUGGAGAGCAUCCUGGCAAUGCUCAGCAGCUGUCCUCCCACAAUGCACCUCUCCAGAGGCUUCACUGACCUUGUUUGGAAGCAACUUUGUCCCUCUCUGGUUGCGAUCAUGGGAAACCCUGUCAGUGACAAAACUAUCACCUCCCAUCACAGCCAUAUCGGAGCAUUGGAGCGAGAUCGACUGUCUGAUAAACUCAGCACAGGAGUUGGUCUGGAUAUGGAUUCAAGUGUUACAGGAGUGUUGGACCAUGGUCGUGGCUCAGGUUGCUCGUCUAACGCUCCUGCCAGGAUCGCCCAGGUGGUGCGCACAGUCUGCUACAUUGCAGCGGAGCUUGUCCGUCUGGUCAACUGCCUGGAGUCAAUGAAGCCGGUGCUCCAGUCACUUUAUCAUAGAAUCCUUCUUUACCCGCCACCACAGCAUCGUACAGAGGCCAUCCGCAUCAUGAAGGAGAUUCUGGGUAACCCUGUGCGCCUGUUUGACCUGGCGGGUCCGUGUGUGGCUGAGCCUGAAACCAGGAAGCGAAGUUUUUCCAAGAGGAAGUCUCACCUGGACCUACUGAAGCUGGUAAUGGAUGGGAUUACUGAGGCUUGUGUGAAGGGGGGCGUUGAAGCAUGCUACUCCUCUGUGUCCUGCGCCUGCGCGUUGCUCGAAGCACUGGACGAACUGUCACAAGGUCGAGGGGUUCAACCAGAGCAGGCAAAGCUUCUUCUCCGCCGUCUAGAGGAGCUGAAAGAUGGGACACAGUCCACCCGGGAGUCCAUGGAGAUCAAUGAGGCAGACUUCCGAUGGCAGCGGCACAUUCUCUCCUCAGGGCAUGCCUCCUCCUCCUGGGACUCAACUGACAUUACCACGAGCAAGCGCAGCCCUGACAUCAGCAUCAGCAUCACCACAGAUGCUGGCCAGACCACAGUAAACAUGGAUGAGGAUGUGCUAGGUCAUACCAGUCCUGAAGAGAGUGGAGAGAACAGUCAGAUACUGUCCCCAGCCUCUUGCACAGACCAUGGGGGGGUCAGAGGUUCAGCAGGACACAACAAACGGUUUGAGGUCGGUGGAGAGAAAUUGGGUGUGGUGCCUCCAGACGUGGUCCAGAGAAGCCAUGGCUUUGUUUACCCAGACAUUACCAACUUCCUGUCCGUGGAGUCCAGGACAAGAUCACACCAUGGAUCUGGGUCCAGAUACAGUGAAAGCAACUUCAGCAUUGAGGAGCACGACCUGUCCCGGACAGAGUUUGACUCCUGUGACCAAUACUCCAUUGCUGCAGAGAAGGACUCGGGUCGCUCUGAUGUGUCGGACAUGGGAUCUGACAACGUGUCACUGGCUGAUGAUGAGCAGCACUCGCCUCACGACUGUGGUGCUCACCGCUCUCUGCGGGCAGCUGCCUUGUCCCUCAAGUUGAUGCGUAACCAGGAGGCUGACCAGCAGAGCGCCCAGCUCUUCGUCCAGUCUUUGGCUGCUCAGUUACCACAUUUGCUGAGGAUAAGUAGUUCCAUUGAGGUUGAUCAAGCCAUGCAGAACUUCUCCUGCACCUUCUGCUCAGGUCUUCAGGCUGGUGGGAUCUACUCCCCUGGGUUUGAGGGUGGAAACACUCUGACCUGUCAGUCGCUGAUAAACGCAGAUGGCCUCUACAUGGUUUCAUACUACGCCCUGCUGUUCAACCUAAAGCUCUGCUGCUGCAACUUCUACGCUGGCCGAAGUCUCACACCCGUCCUCAGCUUGAAAGAGUUUGUGCAUGUAAUCCAAAGCAGCGGUGUUAUGGUGGUCUUUUCUCAGACUUGGCUUGAGGAACUUUACCAUCAUAUCUUAGAGCGAAAUUUACUAGCUGAGGCGGGUCACCGCAGCUCAUCCGAGGAGCAUGUCCCGGCUCUCAUCACCAUUCUCACGGACAUUGAUGGUUUGUACAGCAGCACUGUUGGAGGUCAGCUGAUCCACCAAGCUUCCCGCCAGUCACCUCUGACGUGCAACAGGAGCAGCAGUGAUACAGUGAUGGCUGGGUCUUUAUUUUCCCGUUUUAUCCUCACUGGCGUGUGGAAGAACUUGAUGGAAGUCCUGUCUACGCCACUGACUGGACGUGUGGCAGGAAGCCCUCGGGGUCUGAACUUUAUGUUGGGGGCAGAUGGGGUCAAAGAUCGGAGUCACUGGGAGAGAGAUGCCAUAUGUCAGAGCCUGGACGGACUCCGCAAAGCGGCUGCACUCAGUUGCGCACUGGGUGUGGCUGGCAACUGUGCCUCAGCUUUGGCUCAAAUGGCUGCAGCUUCUUGUGGUCAGGAGGAGAAGGAAGAGAAGGAGGCAACAGAGAGCAGAGACACAAUCGCACAAGUGAAGCAACGGAUGGAGCAACACCUGGAGCAGUUUAAUCGUCCUGCUGGAGUUCGUCUCCAUACAGCUCAUGUGUUGUGUAUGGACGCAAUCCUCAAUGUGGGCUUAGAGAUGGGGAGUCACAACCUCGACUGCUGGCCACACGUCUUCAAAGUUACAGAAUACAUUAGCUUUCUUGAGCACACACACUUCAGCGGCGGCUCCUCCCAGCCGUCAUCAUUGGCAACUAUCACCCAGCAAAGUGAACAGGGUCCAGCGGCUGUAGACUUGGGCAUGGAGCUUAGCUGCGAGUCUGGAUUUAAGUCCUCAGAUAUUGGCCUGAGCCAGCCAGUCAUUCAGCCUCUGUCCAUCCAAGAACUGCUGAAGGAGAGCAGCAGAGGAGGUCGCGGUCUGGACCUGAAGGGUGGGAGUCUAUUGAGCGGAACCUGUGCGGCAAAGGCUGUCUGCACCCUGUCCACACAAGCCGAUAGGUUGUUUGAAGAUGCCUCGAUGAAGCUGAACUUGGUCUCUCUGAUCAGUUUCCUGCAGCAGCUAAGAAAAGCAUCUCAGUCUCAGCUUUUUGACUCUGUUAAUGAGACUGGAGACUAUUCACUUGCCAUGCCAGGUGAAGCCAGGUCAACGCUGGAGCACCGCAGUGCUCUCCACCUGUUCCGUCUUGGAGAGUCCAUGCUCCGCAUUGUGCGAAACCAAAACAGACCACUGUUACAUAAGAUGAGAGCAUGGAGUGUGGUAGCGCCUCACCUUGUGGAGGCCGCGUGUCACAAAGAUCGACAUGUGUCUCAAAAGGCAGUUUCUUUCAUCCACAACGUCCUGACUGAGGUGCUCAUGAGCUGGGCUGAGCUGCCCCAUUUCCACUUCAAUGAGGCCCUCUUUCGCCCAUUUGAGCACAUUAUGCAGCUGGAGCUGUGUGACGAGGAUGUGCAGGACCAGGUGAUCACUUCGAUUGGGGAGCUGGUGGAGAUGUGUUCGUCCCAGAUCCUCUCGGGCUGGAGGCCCCUCUUCAGCGCUCUGAGGACGGUCCAUGGCAGCAAGAUUCAUACUAAAGACUAUCUGCUGGGGGAGUAUUCCUUGGGGAAGUCCCAGGCUCCUGUCUUUGAUGUCUUUGAGGCCUUCAUCAACACUGACAACAUCCAAGUAUUUGCCAACGCUGCUUCUGACUACAUCAUGUGUCUCAUGAAGUUCAUCAAAGGAUUAGGUGAAAUUGACUACAAGGAGAUUGGGGACUGUCUCCAAGUAUCUGCUCACAGCUCCACUGACCUGUGUUUGCCUGCACUCGAUUACCUGCACCGCUGUUCUCAGCUUCUGGCAAAGAUCUACACAAUGCCAUCUAAACCCAUAUUCCUUGGUGCCCGGUUGGCCAGUCUGCCCAUGAGAUCACAGGAGCGCUCAGUCAGCAGUGAGGAUGGCGUAGACUGCAUCCUGCAGGAGUUUGAUGACGACACCGGUCUGAUCCAGGUCUGGAUUUUGCUGUUGGAACAGCUGACUGCGACCAUUUCUAACUGUCCUCGGCAACAUCAACCGCCGACACUGGAGUUGCUUUUCACAUUACUACGAGAGGUCACCACCGUACCAGGUCCAGGUUUCGCCAUCUUCUGUGUCAUCCAGCUGCUGCUGCCCGUGAUGUCACUUUGGCUGCAGCGUAGUCACAAUGACCACUCGUACUGGGACAUGGCAGCUGCAAACUUCAAGCAUGCCAUCGGCUUGAGCUGUGAACUGGUGGUGGAGCAUAUCAAUAGCUUCAUUCACUCAGAUAUCGGAUACGAGUCCCUCAUCAACUUAAUGUUGAAGGAUCUUUUCAAGCUCCUGGUCGCUUGUGUGUCUGAACCUACAGAGGCAAUCUCCAGAGUGGGCUGCUCCUGCAUCAGGUAUGUGUUGGUGACUGUGGGUCCAGUUUUCACGGAGGAAAUGUGGAGGUUGGCAUGCUGUGCACUGCAGGAUGCUUUUUCUGCUACUUUGGAGCCAGUUAAGAACCUGCUGGCUUGUUUCCAGAGCGGCUCGGACAGUUUUUCAGGAGAUGCAUGUGAAGUGAAGUUGGCAGCUCCCACUCAUUCACCUGCAGCCGAGGCAGAGUACUGGAGGAUUCGGGCAAUGGCUCAGCAGGUCUUCAUGUUGGAAACUCAGUGUUCACCGAAGACGCCUAACACCAAGGAUGGCUUUGAGCACGCGCAGUCAUGUGUUCUGAUAAUCGAGUUGUCGGCAGACCACCAGCCUUGUGGAAACACCCAGAAAAGAAUUCCCUUCCGGACCAUUGUGGUGAGUCUGCUGUCCCACCAGGUACUGCUCCAGAACCUCAGUGACAUCCUACUGGAGGAGUUAGUCAAGCAGCCUGACGGCCUGGAGCGAGUCACACCUGUAACCACUGACCCUGGGAGGCCUACUGCUGGCUUCCUGCGCUACAUCUCCAUGACCAACUUGGCCAUCAUCCUGGACCUGCUUCUGGACUCCUACAGAACCGCACGAGACUUUGACAUCCGACCGGGUCUGAAGUACCUACUGAUGAAGGUGUCAGGGGUUGGUGGAGCUGCAAACCUGUACCGUCAGUCAGCGAUGAGCUUUAACUUGUACUUCCAAGUUCUUCUGAGUGCCAUAUUGAGUCAGACCGACUCGUUGACGCCACAGCUGGUUAAGCGGAUCUUGUUUGAGGAUGAGGAGGGAAGUUCUGAUUCUUCUCAGCCUUGUUCUUCAGAGGACGAAAAUAUUUUUGAAGAAACUGCCCAGGUGAGUCCACCCCGGACUCGAGAGAAGCACCACUUCUGGAGAUUACCUGUCCCAUCUCACAGUGCACAGCCAGUUGGGGGCACUGACUCCGCGUGGCUGGUGAAGCGUUUGUACAAACUUUGCUUGGACCUCUGUUGCACAUACAUCCAGAUGCUCCGGGAUUUGGAGAGCUCACUGGAGGAAACACCUCCACCUCCACGAGGAGACCAAACCUUCUUUCUGCCGCUGCUCCAAUCUGAAACCUCCACUCCGACCUCUGUAGAGGGUCUUUCAAGCAAAGUGACACCAUCAGAGGAAGGCGCCUACAGAUGUAGAACAACAGACAUCUGCACUACUUCACCUGAUGACACCCCAACUCCAAGUUCAGGAUUCAGCAGUAGCAGUUUGCCUCUUAACCUCCAAUCUGGUGGAAAGAGGAGAGACUCUAGUGGAAUCGGAGCUCCAGGAGGACCCUCUGGCGGACCUGGGCCAGGCAGAAAGAAGGAGUGGUGGGAGAGUGCUGGGAACAAGCUGUACACCAUUGCCACAGACAGAACACUCAGCCGACUGAUGAUGGAAUACAAGCAGCGGAAGCAUCAGCAGCAUCAGCCGCAGCAGUCACACCUCAACCUGUUUAUGAAAGAUCCAGGCGGAGCCGGCAGGGACCACUCAGAGACGCAGCAGAGACCCCCGACACGGCCAAAGUUGCUGGUCAACCAGCAAGGGCGACCACUCAGGCACUCAGUCAGCGCUGGGCCUGAGAUCCUAAGGCAAGAAAAGAGGCUGCGAUAUGGAUCCCCCUCCAGUUCACACAGUUUAUCAUUGAGGGACGCUGAGGCCCAGAUCCAGGCAUGGACCAACAUGGUCUUGAGCCUCCUGAACCAAGUCCUGCUGUUGCAGGACUCUUCCUUCCUGGCCCUCCAGCCAGUGCUCUACCCGAGCCUCAGCCAGCUGUCCUGUCACGUGACAGACCCCCGUGUGCGUCAGUCUCUGCGGGAGUGGCUGGGUCGUGUCGGCCGACUCUAUGACAUCAUCGCGUGAAGAAACUUGUUUCGCCUGGCUGUAUAAAAUGUUCUGUGACCUCAGCUGACAGCAGCCUGACUGCUCAUGGUCAGAGCGGUCACAUCAUAAUUGUGAUCUUGCUUAGUCAUUGUUUCUGAUAUAUAUUAUUGUGAAAUUGUAUUUAUUAUAAAUGCACAGAAAUGAUACAUUUAUGUUGUUUUGCUGCCUUGUUGCCAACUGAUGUAGUUACACAAUCAUUGAUGACAAGUGAUGGAAGUGACUACCUGAAGGAAGACACCUUCAACUUCGACUUUUUACUGUCACGCCAAGGAUGAAACAGAGAUGUCUCAAUUAACUAGGGAACAGCCUCAAGAAUGAGCCGAUUGGACCUUUUAUCACAGUUUUUGUUCAAUAACAUGAAGUGCCCAAUUCAUCAGUGUUGUUAUUAAUAGGCUGAUUCAUUGCCUGUCACAUUCUGGGGGAAAAGAACGAGUCAGGUCCAGCAAAUGUGUCCAACACUGACUCAUCUGAUGAUUCUCAUUGGCUUGCUUUGAUAUCUUAGUGAUUUGAGUUGUGUUGAAUUGUAGCCCUGCCAUGUUGGAAGAAGGUGUGCCAUCAUCUUGGGUUUGCUGACGCAACAAGUCAAGAAGCUGUGGACUCGGAGGGGGAGUGUACUGAUGGCGCUGAGGCUGAAUGAUCAGCUCUAGAAUGACUAAAAGAAUUUUACAAAUGUGUAAACAAACGUGGGCAGAUUGACAUACGGCUAUGAUUUAAACAUUGUGUCAAUGACAUCACAGUGUGGCAUUGCAAAGCUCCAUGGGAGCAGGCAGGAAUGAGUUCUUGGAGUUGCUUAGUCAUGUGCCGUGUAGGGAUCUCCUCCACCAACACCAUCAGGAUUGGAGGUGAUUCGAACUUCUGCGCAUCAGCCUCACUAAUCUGGAGUUAAAUAAGUGCCAGGAAAUGCUGAGUGCAGGUGACGGGUGACAGGGUACUUCCUGUGUCCAUCUGGCAAUUCAAGGCUUUUCAAAGAAAAGAGGGAAAUCUGCACUGCACAGACCUCUCCAACAUUAUGGCUAAUUAAUAUUCAGUGUUGCUGUUCUGAACAGGCUGCAGUGAACAUUACUUGGUGUCUUUGUUGAAUUUGUCUUUGUUUGAAUUUUCACGCAUCCCGAACAUCUUGAUAGCUAUAGUGAUGUAUUAACCAUGCUUUUAUGAUUGUUGUUUAAGUAUUUGUGUUUAUUUAUGAUUCCGCAUGCUUAGGGUCUUGUCUGGAUGAUUUUGUUCUUCAUGCAGUUUUGUUGGCAGUAAUUUGUAUUAUUGUGGUAUAGCACUUUUUCACUCUCAGCCAAGACCUUUUCUCAAGCAUCUUUCCUGGUGGAAGAGAUUGAAAAAGUUGAAUAAAUGAA